AUGUUUGGACGAUUCCAGCAAGCGGAGGCAUCGGAUAGGAUUUCAUACUUGAGCGCCAUCAAAAUCACGCAAGAGGAUGCCUUUGGAGAGCUAGUUUGUCCGUCUGCUGCUUCUCGUCAAGAGGAACAUUGUUCUAGCAAUGGUGGGGCACUACGAGACGGAGACGUUCCAAAACUCUUCUCGACCGAAUCUUGUGGUUUGCUUGUGCAAUAUGCCGCGGUAGGACUCAUGAUGGGAGCACUACCGAGUGCAGUCACACCGUUCUUAGGCUAUUACCUGAACAUGGAAGGCCAAGCCACAACAUCAGCUCGCGCGUUGCUUGGUAUUCCAUGGUCGGUCAAGGUUUUCAUCGGGAUCAUAUCGGACUGCUUUCCUGUACAUGGCUAUCGUCGUCGGCCGUACAUAAUCAUUGGCUGGACGCUUUGCUUUCUUUGUCUUGUUGCCAUGGCAGCACUUCCGCUGGAGAAACCCUACUUUCCUGAGGCAUCGUGGCGAGAACUGAAGACCAACGAGUACACAACGGAAAAAAUGGAUGCAAUCAAUUAUCACGCCCCUGCGACAGGAGGCAAGUACGUUGUCCUAAUGAUGCUGGCAACUCUAGGCUAUUUAGUCGCAGAUGUGGCAGCUGACGGCAUUGUUGUCGAGUACGCCCAGCGCGAACCUAUCGCGAUUAGAGGCCGGACGCAGACCGCAAUCUACACUAUGCGGUCUCUUUUUGGCAUUUUCGGAAGUAUACUGGUAGGCUUUGGACUUAGUUCUCCACCAUACGGUGGAGAGUUUGGUUUUGGCAUCAGUUUUCCCGUGUUUUCGCUCAUAUUGGCCAUCUGCUGCCUACCAGUGAUUCCACUAACUUGGUACUUUGUUGCUGAAAACCGGGUCAGUACUCCAAACCUGCGCCAGUACAUGAAUACUCUAUGGGAAGCCCUACAGGGUCGUGCGCUUUACCAAGUCGUUGCGUACAGCUUCUUUUCGGGCGUCUUUAGUGGAAUUGGCUAUGUAGCUUCCGAUCCCGUCACAAUGUAUUGGGUCCGUGCGACGAGUUUCAGUAUUUCAAUCUCCCAGAUCAUUGGUUCUUGUGUAACAGCCUUCACGCUAGCAUUUAUAAGGCGCCAUGGACUGGACUGGGACUGGCGCAAUGUUACUAUAAUUACCACAGUAGUUGUCGUGGCACUGGAUUCAAUCUGUACAAUGCUCACCACGUGGGAUGUCGUGCGGAACCAGUGGUUCUGGCUCGGUUUGCCUAUUGUUGAGACUAUCCCAUCAAGCAUGAACUUUAUUGUCUCGAGCUUUGUGGUCGUCGAAUUGGCUGAUAAGGGCAAUGAAGCUGCCAUCUAUGGACUUUUGACAACGGUUGGUAACCUCAGCAGCCCAUUUUCAGCGACACUGACCAAGGUCAUUGAUGAAUCGUUCAAUGUUAGUAAUCGUGAUAUUCUGAAUGAUUCGCACGAUACACGAUGGGAUGUCACGAUCAUCGUUCUCAUUUCCUACACGAGUAAAUUCCUCUCACUCUUAUUUCUUGGCCUACUUCCAAGACAAAAGACAGAGACUCAAACACUAAAGCGCAGUGGACAUCGGAGCAAGCGACUUGGUGGAAUGACGAUUGCCUAUUGUCUAUUCGCAUUGAUCUGGUCCCUUGUGAUUAAUCUACUUGGAAUCUUCGAUAGUACAAGAUGUCUUACAAUUGUUGGCGGGUGUUAG